AUGGGUAUUAUGAAAGCAUUAUUGAUAUCUAUCGUGCUGAUUACCGUAGAACGUGUAGUAGGUCUAGAAGACCGUGAUUGGGAUGAAGCUACUGGUGAACAAAGUAAGUACAACAACAUAUUGUUCUAUAUUCACAACUCAAAAAAAUUUAUAUUAGGCUGUUCAAAUAAUUAUGUGCUCCUUUUCAAAGUUAUUUUUUAGAAAUAGGGGCACAGAAUUAUUUAAUCAAACUAAUAGUAAUUUUAAGUUUUUGAUAAGCUAUUUAAACAUGAGUUUAACCAUUAUUUUGCUCAAAAAAGUUUUAAAAUUUGUGAGAAAAUCGAAGUUUAUUAUAAACUUUAUAACCAAAUUGGCUGCAAAGUAAAGAUAAGUUAAUGUUAAUACUAUUUUACAACUAUUCUUAUACUAAAAAAUUCAAAACGAACCAUAAAAAGUCAAAAAGCAGAUUAGCAGCGAGUGGUUUCGAUCCACCGACCUCUGGGUUAUGGGCCCAGCACGCUUCCACUGCGCCACGCUGCUACAACCGGCUUUCUUUUUGUUUUUUGACAUUAUUUACUAACAUAGACUUAAAAAGGUGUCUUUUGAAAUUUAGAAAAUAUAGAAAAAAUUUUAAAAUUGUUUUUAAUUUUGUUUUUGAGUUUAAAUUUUAAAAAAUUUAGUUAGUUUUGGCUCUACCUUUAACCCUGGCACUGGCUUUAGUUCAGGUCCUGACUUUAGGACAACAAGAAUUUUGUGGUCUUAAAAUUAUAUAAUAGCUAUUUCAAAAAUUAAAUUUUUUCAAAUUAAAAAUUUUUUUUUUCAGUUUUUCCCUCAGGCGCAGUCGAACUAAAUGAACAAAAGUUCUUGCGUCUUGAAGAUUUCUACAACAAAACCAAGACCAUUCCUCAGACCACUUUACAACGCCUUAUCAUUGACGUAUCCAUGGUUCAAUGGGAUACUGAUGAUGUUGAGCAUUUCUACGAAGUGUGUGCUCAAAACCUGAAGAGAACUGCACCAAAUUUGAAAAUGGUCGCUUUGGAAGGUGGUUAUCAAUAUUAUCCAGAAGAGCCUGAUCAUGAAACGAUUCCUAUUGAACUGGAAGAUGUCAAAGCUGGUGUUCAACUUGUUAUUCGAGCUGCGAGGAGUGCUGGGAUUGAGAUAACAAGUGUUGUGUUGGCUGUUUCGUUGUUUGUACCUUUUCCGGUAAGGUUGAUUCAAGGGAAUAAUGUUAAUUGGGACAGGGUAGAGAAUGGUAGUAUAAAGUAGGAAAAAGCAGAGGAAAGUAAAACAGAGUAGGGUAUGGUUAAAUGACAUAAACUAGCGGCAAGGCCAGAGCUAGGACUUUGGGCUAGAGCUCUGGACUAUGACGUUGGGCUAAGAUUCUGGGCUAGGGCUCUGGGCUAAGACUCUGGGCUAGGGCUCUGGGCUAGAGCUCUGGACUAUGACGUUGGGCUAAGAUUCUGGGCUAGGGCUCUGGGCUAAGACUCUGGGCUAGGGCUCUGGGCUAGGGCGCUGGGCUAGGGCUCUGGGCUAGGGCUCUGGGCUAGGGCUCUAGGCUAGGGCUCUGGGCUAGGGCGCUGGGCUAGGGCUCUGGGCUAGGGCUCUGGGCUAGGGCUCUAGGCUAGGGCUCUGGGCUAGGGCUCUAGGCUAGGGCUCUGGGCUAGGGCUCUGGGCUAGGAAGUUUUUUUUUGCUUUUUUAAAUUAAAUUUCAAUAAAUUCCAGCUAGUCCAAGAUUCCAACUACCCAUCACUUUUCAAAAAGAUCUACAACAAGACCGUGACCGACUAUGAUCUAGAACGGAACGUUGUAGAAUGCCUUUUCACAGUCGACGGUGUCCCAAUCGACGCUGAAUUCACCUUUUACAACGACCGUGUCUUUGACAAAGUCAACAAAGGACGUCACCCACUGGUCAGAAACCGUCAGUCCAGAGAAAAAGCCUUCAAUCCGGCUUCAGAAGUCCGUUCACGCUACUUCUUCACACUGGAAAAGUUCUUCAACGACAAACUGAAGGCAAUGUACGCUUUGAACGAGAACAUUGAUGACAUUUACUACUUAUUGGUGACUUUGAUCCAUGACCAAGCUAUUAAGCCCGACUACUUUUAUCGACAUGCAGUACAACAUCUAAAGGAAGCUGCACCAAUGUUGAAGACGUUGGAGUUGUGGGGUGGCGCUGCUGUUCAUUUGAAGCAUGGGGUAGGUUUCUUCUUUUUGCUACAUUUUAAAUGUUUUUGUUGGGUUAGAAGGUACGGUCUCGGUUUGUGUAAAGCUGAUAAAGCAAAAUUAUUUGAAAAAAGGUUUUAGAAUUUAUAAAAAAUGAAAUUUUCGGCCGAUUUUUCAGUUAAUUUUCAGUGUUUUUUUGUCAAAAUUUGGUACUUUUUUAAAUGGAAAAAGAGCUCCAAGCCAUAAAAUGUAAAACCAUUUAAGAGAAUAAGCAAAAACGUAAAGAUAAAACAAAAAAAGUACCUACAAGGUUAUGGAAAAUUAGUUUUUUUUGUUAAGAAUCUUUAAAUUUUUAAGAAAAAUGGCUAUUUUUGGAUUAAUUUUUAAAAUCCACUGACUCAAAAAGGAUAAUAUGUUAUCUAAAAUGGGAUAUCAAACUAUUUUUGUACUAAAACUUCAAAAAUAAACCAUAAACACCCGUAUGUUUUCAAAAAAAACAAAUAGUGUUUUAUGCCAUUUUUGAAUAGAUCUUAAGUCAAAAAUAGCUUUUUUACGUUUAUAAUACUGUUCUACAACUAUUUAUGUAUUAAAAAGUUAUAAAAAAUUGUAAAAAAACCAAAAAGCAGAUUAGCAGCGAGCAGUGUUUUGCCGGACCCCUCCGGAAAAAAAAUUUUUUUUUAUUUUAGUAAAACUGUUUUAAAAAUUGCAAAUAAAACAUAUUUUUAAGAGUUUUUAAACGUAAAGAAAGCAGUUUUAGCGCUCCUGGCUCUUUUUAAAAAAAAAAUUUUCCGGACCGGACCGGAUCUGAGCGAAAAAAAAUAAAGCCGGACCGGACCGGAGCGAAAAUUUUUCGGACCGCACCGGACCGAAAAAAUUCUCAUCCGGACCGGUCCGGCAAAACACUGGCAGCGAGUGGUUUCGAUCCACCGACCUCUGGGUUAUGGGCCCAGCACGCUUCCACUGCCCCACGCUGCUACGGCCGGCUUUCUUUUUUGUAUUUGGUAACUUUAAUAUUGUUGACUUACUAAUAAGUUUUUGUUUUUAAUCUGAUAUGCUAUUUUUAACUUACAACAACAUACAUUAUAUUAUGUAUUAUGUUUACAGAAACAACUCGAGCUUGAUAUGGAGCUACGUAACUUGAAACAAAACCUUGAAUCCAUGUUAAGAGCUUUCAAGAACGUUGGGAUCAGAAUCAAAAAGCUGGAUUAUGAAGCUUACAUGAACUUUGAAGAAGAGGUAAUUUUACUGAGUACCAUACCCUGCUUUUGUUCUACCCUUGCCGUAUGCUUACCAUACCGUUGUAUAAUUUUUGCCUUAUCCUUUCCUUACCGCUAUCCUGCCUUUGCCUCGCCUUUGCCUUAGAUUUGCCAUACCCUUGCCCUACCCUUUCUUUACUCUUGCUCUACCCUUCUCCAUGACUUGUUUCUUUUUGUCCUGCCUUCGUUCUACCCUUGGCUUAUCCUUGCCCCACCUUUUGUCUUGCCUUAUCUUACCUUAGCAUACUAUGUUCAUCAUUGUACCUUAAAAUCUGUUUACAGUAACCUUAACCUAAUUUCAUUUCAGUUUGUAGUAUCAGCCGCUUACCCUAAGCUAGUACAACAACUGUUCGGGCACGUUGUGUCACAACGUGAAAUUGACAUGGAGAUUGUGGAUAUGGAAGUGAAGAUCUUUGACGUUACUUGUCAUAUCAAGCUCAACUUCUUCUUCGAACCAUCAAUUAUGAAUCUACAACAAGAGAGGAUGGGGUAUCUUCAUCUGCCUCCAUGGCCAUAAUAUGGGCCCGACAUUGAUCAUUAUCUUACUGUACUUUACUGUGUUAUCAUUAUACAUACGUAUUUUACAGUAUUUUCUACCUAAUCUUAGGGUUUUUUAUGCAUUUCUUUCUUAUAUUAGGUUCGAAAUAGCUAAUUACAGUGUAAUACUUUUGAUCUCAUGUUAUUUUAAAAAUGUCAUUUUAAAAAGUUUCUUUUAUCUUCUCUACUCCUACCAGAAUUGUCUUAUUCACACUGCUUAUAACUACCUAAAUUUUAAAAUUUUGUUAAAUAAAAUUGAAAUCAAAACAUCGAAAUUGAAAAAGUAAAGUUUUUUAAAAUUGAUAACAAUAUUUUAUAUGAAUUAUGAGAUUGGUUGUUCUGUUUCUAAUACUUAUAUUUAAUAAUAUAUGUUGUGAGUAUUAUAAAGAUGGAAAACGGCUACUUUAUUAUGAAUUCAAUAACUUUACACGUAAGUAUUUUAAAUUUCAUGCCAUUUAAAUGUUUGUAAAGAAAGUUCUUGCCAUAUUAUGCUCUAUAAAGAAAGUUCUUGUUAUUUUAUCUUUUGUAAAGAAAGUUAUUGCCAUUUUAUGAUCUGUAAAGAAAGUUCUUGCUAUUUUAUGAUCUGUAAAGAAAGUUCUCGUCAUUUUAUAUAUUGUAAACGAAGUUCUUGCCAUAUUAUGCUCUAUAAAGAAAGUUCUUGUCAUUUUAUAAUUUGUAAAGAAAGUUCUUGCCAUUUUAUGUUUUGUAAAGAAAGUUUUUGCCAUUUUUAUUUAAAAAAAGCCUGAAUUUGUUUUUUGGCAAAUUGUAAAGAAAGUUCUUGCUAUUCUAUGUUUUGUAAGGAAAACUUGGUUUAACUUUUCAGACGCCGACUGUAUAUUGAAAGAAGACCAAGAACAUUACGUUUACUAUGGUCUACAUAACAAGUCAGCUCAAGGAAUACCGUGUGCUCAAUGGUCUGAAGCUCGUCAACAUAUACUUGGUAUAACUGGCGAUGUUGAGCAGUAGUGAGUUUACUGUAACUUUAUUUUAAAAAAUUGAAGUUAUUUUACAAAAUUUUUAAAUUUUUUUUUAAAAUUUAAAAUUUAAUUUUUUUUUCAGUUUCUUUGCUCAAGAGAAUGAGGACCACAACUUCUGUCGCUCGUUGAACUUGAACGCUUAUAGUCCAACAGAAGGUAUAAAUAACGCCCCGGGACAUGUUUUCAUGGACUAUCCUGACGCUAAAAUGGGUCCUUGGUGCUAUGUUAAGGUAUGGUUUUUUUAUUUUUUUAAAAUUUUUGUAAGAUUUUAUUUCUUGCGAUUUUAUGAUUUGUAAAGAAAGUUUUUGCUUUUUAAGACUAGACUAGGUUCAGAUAAUGUUAUAGUAGGUUGCGGAGAGAGUUAUAAAAAAUCUAGGUAAUAGUACGGGUUUUUAGAGCUAAGACAGGGCAUAGAAGAGUUAAAGUAAAGACGUUAAGGAUAAGAAAUGUGAUAAAGUACAGUAGGAUUAUAUAAGAUAAGAUAAGGUAAAGUAAAUUAGGACAGAGUAGAGUAGGGUAGGGUAGGGUAGGGUAGGGUAGGGUAGGGUAGGGUAGGGUAGGGUAGGGUAGGGUAGGGUAGGGUAGGGUAGGGUAGGGUAGGGUAGGGUAGGGUAGGGUAGGGUAGGGUAGGAUAGGGUAAGGUAGGGUAGGGUAGGGUAGGGUAGGGUAGGGUAGGGUAGGGUAAGGUAGAGUAGCGCUUUUCCUGUUCAAACUGCUUAACGCCGUAUUUUACAAAUUUUUAAAUUAAUUUUUCAGUACAAAAAGUACAAACGACCAGCCUGGAUUGGACAAUUUGAGUUUCUGGUCGAACCAAAAGCUUGUUUUCAAUAUUGCAAAGGACAACCAGUAAAUGCAACAGAAGUGAAGCAAAUUGUGGAAGUUGCGACUGAUAAGCCGCACAAAUUUUAUCACUACAACUUGGAUUUGAUCGAAAACUUGACUGAUAUCAUCUUCGACAGCUAUGACUUUGGCGAUGUGGAAAAGUAUCUUAAUGUAAGUUGUUAUUACUAGGCUUAGCCACAGCUCUAGCCCUAACUCAAAGCCUUAACCCAGGGCCCUAGUCCAGAGCCCUAGCCCAGAGCCGUAGCCCAGAGCCCUAGCCCAGAGCCCUAGCCCAGAGCCCUAGUCCAGAGCCCUAGCCCUAGCCCAGAGCCCUAGCCCAGAGCCCUAGCCCAGAGCCCUAGCCCAGAGCCCUAGCCCAGAGCCCUAGCCUAGAGCCCUAGCCCAGAGCCCUAGCCCAGAGCCCUAGCCCAGAGCCCUAGCCUAGAGCCGUAACCCAGAGCCCUAGCCCAGAGCCCUAGCCUUAUCCCCAGCUCAAAAUAUGUCCUGGUGGUUCAGCCAUAAAAGAAUGUCAGUAACAUUACAUUACCUUUCAGCCAGACAUUGAGAAUAAAGAAAAAAGAAAAUCAGAAUUUGAGACGAAUCGCGACAAUAUGCUUUACAUUGGAAAUGCCAUUUUAGUGACGUUGUUUGUACUCUUAUUGCUCAAGAGAUUUUUCAAAAAGAAAGAUUCAGAUGUGCAAAAAGAAGAGUCAGAAAUCAGUUCACAAGUUGAAGAAACACCUAAAGCAACAUCGCCUACAAAGGAAGUUAAGAAAGAUGUGGCAAGUAAUGUAAAUGACAGUGUUAUUCAAGGUAAGUUAACAUAAUUGUAGUCUGGAAAGAAAGUUAUUGCCAUUUUAUUUUUUGUAUAGUAAGAUUUUGCUAAUUUAUGUUUUGUAAAGAAAGUUCUUGCCAUUUUGAGGUUUAUAAAGAAAGUUCUAACUAUUUUUUUCUGUAAAGAAAGUUAUUGCCAUUUUAUGUUUUGUGAAAAAAAAUUUUGGCAUUUUGAGGUUUGUAAAGAAAGUUCUCGCCAUUUUAUGUUUUGUAAAGAAAGUUAUUGUCACUUUAUGAUUUGUGAAAAAAGUUGUUGCCAUUUUGAGGUUUGUAAAGAAAGUUCUCGCUUGUCAUUCAUUUAAGCUUAAGUUUUUUUUAAAAGUGACCAUUUUUUCAGAUCCAAACGUAUCAAAUGUUAGUACUCAACCUCCAGAUGCCAAUUUUAAUCCAGCAGCGCCACCAGAUCCAGCUCAACCACCUGUAACACCACCUUCGAGUAUUCAACCAGCAGCUCCAAACCCAUCUGUAUUAUAG